UUGGCAUCGAUAAGUGGGGACGACGUCGUAUCAUCGAUAAGUCAAGACGACGCCGUCUCAUCGAUAAGCCAAGACGACGUCGUUUCAGGGUUUAUUUACACUAUACGAAUCGUUCUCGCGUGUGCAGAGCAGUGACGAUGGAGGAGGCAGACGCGAAACGCCGUCAGAUCUGCAGCGCAUGCGACCGUCCAAAACCAAUCUGCAUCUGCCACGUCAUACCAUCGGAGCCAAUCCCGACGAACACAGAGAUACUCAUCCUCCACCACCCACACGAGUCUCGCCACAAACUCAACACCACACCUCUCCUCGUCAAAUCCUUACUCAACGUCACCACAAUCCCCGGCCGCCGCCUCCGUCACCACCACCUCUCCUCCUCCACCACCGCCGCAGAAACCUCCCGCACGAUCUACCUCUUCCCGCCGUCGUCAUCUUCUUCCUCCCCCGCCGUCACCCUAUCCGAGUUCAAAUCCCGAAACCUCCACCGGACCUCGCGGCUGAGGCUCGUCGUGUUCGACGCGACGUGGAAGCACGCGAAGGAGAUGGUGAAGGCCAGCGAGGAGGUUUUGAGAGAGGCGGGGGCCGUGAGGGUGUGUUUGGACGAGGGGGUGGACGAGUCCGUGAGCGGGGGAAGCAUCUACGACUCGGAGCUGUUUUUGAGGAAGGAGCCUGUCGGCGGGUGCGUGAGCACGGCGGAGGCGGUCGCGCGGUGCUUGGGAGCUUUGGAGACGGACGGGGAGGUGAUCGAGAGGAAGCUGAUUAGCGUGUUGAAAGAGAUGGUGAGGUUGCAGUCUGAGUUCUUGAAGCCGAUGAGACCAAGGCCUAAGUUGUUGAAGAAGAGGUUACAGAACCAGCAACCUUUUGGACAAGAAGAAGAAUGAGUUUGGUCUUUUAGAGGAUUUUUUUUUUUUUACACUGGAUUGUUGAUAACAAUUUUGAUUACACUAAUCCACUGUUGUUGAAUUAAUUAAUUAUAUGAUGAUUGAAGAUCCAUUAAGAACUUA